ACAUAAACAUAAAUCCCCAAACCAGAAAGAAAAAAAGGAUGAUACUAAAUUAAUACCAAUAUCCUUUUAAACUAUAAGUUAAGCUUCUUUUGUUUUUGUUUUUUCCAAUCACCUCCUCACAAAAAAAAGAAAAAAAGAGAGACCCUUAGAACUGCAAUGGAAAACAUCUCUUUUCAACCCCUCAAUCCCUUUUGACGUGCUUCUUUUGACCAUCAAACAAGUGAGAAAAAAACAACAAAAGCCAUGAGUCUAAAUUGCUGGACCUGCCCUGUCCUGCAAAGAACAAAUUCAAUCGAUGAUAUUGAUUUUGGUAAAGAAACGGGCAUCAGUAAGUCUUGUUGUGUAGGGUUAAAUAGAAGUUGGUCAGGGGAUAUGAGCCCUCAAGGUUAUGAACAAAUGGGUAAGGAGCCAAGCAGCAACGGCAGCACCUCGGGGAUUCCUUCCAAGAAGAUAAAGAAGGGUCCUAUCCGGUUUAAUACCAUCGCUACAACUUACGGCACGAUGGGGUUUGAAGCUAACGUCGGCGCUCAGCCAAGGUUGGUGAGGAGCUCGGGCAUGAGGAGGGAUUGGAGCUUUGAGGAUUUGAGGGGACAAAAGGUUCAACAGACGGGAAAAGAGAUGAGUGUACAUUGAUUUUGAUUUACUUAUGAAACCAAUGAAAAGGAGACAAUACAGAGUGCAUGGCUUGGCUACGUAAUCUGAUCGUUCAUUUAUUUCUUUUUUGUUUCUAUUCAUUAAAUCACUGUUUCAUUAUUUAACCCCCAAAUUUGUAUUUGA